CCCGGAAUUGCUUUUGCCGCCUGUGGGGAAACUCUCUUCCUUUUGCCCAAGUCUGUCUGCCUCUCAGUUUUCCCUGAACUCAAACCGGCCUGACCAGCUCCGGCAAGGCUUUCUGCCCUAUCGCCGUCCUCUCUCUCUCUCUCUCUCUCUCUCUCUCACACACACACACACACACAGAAGAUCGGAGCCAGGUUGGCCCCUGCCAAGUUGGAGAUGCAGAAAGAUGCCUGACUUUGCCAUUCCGACUAUGCAGAGGCGUCCCUUUGAGCUUCUGACCUGAGCGGGACAGAAAACUGCCUGGAACCUCCCUCCCUCCACUCUCAUCUGUAACAGCAGAUGCUCACACGUGGAAGAGACAGCUCACAUUUUGGGUACUGGCUACUGCAAACAGGGAAAAUGGCAGAGAGCUCCCUGUUUGCACAGCGCCUGCAAGCCCUGACAGAGCGGCGCCGGCUGCAGGAGCGUAUCCUGUCCACCCGCCGGGAGCUGGAGGAGGAGAGACUGCGAGCCCAGCGCCUCAAGAGGAAAUCCCUGCGUGAUCAAUGGCUGAUGGAGGGAACAUCCUCACCCAUGGAUGACAAUGAUCACAUGUCUUCUGUUUGGGAGGCACAGAAUCACAUUCAAGAAUUAGAGCAAGAUCUGUCCAGCCUCCAGUCUCAGAUGCAGCAGCUGGAUAAUCCAGAACUUCACCAAGGACGGCGACAGCGAGAAGAAUAUGUGAAGGUUUUGAAGGAAGUGAAACUGUCUUCACCAGAUGGCAUUGGGGAGGUUGAUGAGACCUCUCCCUCUUCUCCAGAAGAGAGAAAUGGCACUGAGUCCAGGCUUGAGUUGGCUCCUAUUCCACCCAAAAGGCCUAUACGGAUAGCAGCCAAAGAGAAACUUCGGAAUGGAGACCUAUCAGGAGUAGGUUUGUUUGGCAGGGAAUGUAGUCCUGAAAAGGCAGAAGUCAAGGUGAGCCCCAUGGCUGAAGAAGAUGGAGACUGUCAGCCUCAACAGGGGAGUUCCGAGGCUGCUCCUGACGUGAAGCCAGCCUGGCAGAGCUUGGAUCCUAGUGAAGCCAUUGCCAGCUGCCAGAGCAAGCCGGCAGUGGAGGAGAUGGUAAUCAGGGACCACUUGGGCCAGGAAGUGGGCAGCAUGGACGCUGUUGGGCAGAAACAGAGAUCCAUUGGGAAAGAGGAAGAGUUGGAGGGCCACACUGAUUUAGGCAGUGGGAGUGAAGAAGAGAGUAGGCUGAGCCCUCCUCACAGAGCCUUGAGUCAAGGGAAAACCCCUGGAGCUACAGAGAGACAGGUGGACACUGAGCUUGGCAGCCGUGAUGGCCCAGAGGGAGAGUCCCCCACUUCUCAGGAUUGUCAAAGUCCCUCCAAGCCUCUGCGGGAUGAGAAUAGCUGCUUUGAUUCUCCCAAGAGGCAGGCAGAUGGGAAGCUGGAAAUGGGCUCCCUGGCCAACGAGGCAGCUUUGAUGGGAGGAAGGCAGAAGGAGCUAUCAGAACAGGGUGCCAAGGAGGCAGAGCCUGCCCAAGACAUAGCAGCUGGCUAUGCAGAACCAGUAAUGGGGGGACAGGAAAAUCAAGUUAGGAAGCAGGGGCUGCAGGAGUCCUGUGGAUCAGAGGCAACCAUGCUGGGGCAAGGGGGAGAGAGUAAGGAGUCUUGGCUGGACCUGCCCAAGCAACCUCGUCCAGACCAGAUCCUCCCUCAGGAAGAGGCCAAGAUGUCACUUCUAGAUCCAGCCAAGUCAUCAUCGUCACUGUCAGGCCCUUCUUUGCAAGACCAGAUCUCAUCUUUUCAAGAAACUGAGGGUCCACUCCUAGAGUCAGUGCUGUCAUUGAUACCAAAUCAGAGCCCAUCAACUUUUUCUCCUUUGCAAGAAAGGAAGGAAUCUUUUCUAGCCCUGGCCUCAUCUUCACAGCAGGAGUCCCUUUUAGAUCCAAACCCACCAUCUCAGCAGGACCAUCUUUCCUCUUCUCCAGAACAGAAGCCAUCCUCCUUACAGGGUGGAGUCAGUUCUCUGCAGGACCAGAUCCUAUCACCUCUAUGUGAAGCACAAGGGAAACUUCUUGACCAGAUCCCAACAUCUCUGCAAGAACAGAGUGCUUCUCUGCCAGAUCAGGUCCUGCCACGUUUUCCAGACCAGUUCACAUCUCUGCCAGGACAGAUUCCUUCCUGUUUGCACAAAACAGAAAGAUCCCUUGAGAUAUCAACAGCUCUACAGGGCCAGGAACGUUCUGUGCUGGAGGCUAAAGAAUCCUUUCCAGACAUAGUCCCCUCUUUGUCUAAUCAGCUCUCUUCUUUGCCUGAUCAAAUUACUUCACUUCAAGAAGCGGAGGGAUUGUCCUUGGAAGAGAUUCCAGUAACUCUGCAGGAUCAAAUACCAACAGCUCCAGAGGCCCAGAUUUCUUCUCUGCCAGAGGCAGACAUCAUUCUUCUAGACCAGAUCCCAUUCUCUGUGGAUGAAGAUAAACAUUUACAUCCAGGGGAGAUUCUGACAUCUCUGCCAGACCAGAUCCCACCAGUUCUGCAGGACCAGAAACCCACGUUUUUGGAGGAUUCAGCCCUUUCUUCUCUGCAAGAGGCGGGAGGAUCACUUACAGACCAGAUUCAGGCAUCUCUACCAUGUCAGACUUCACCCAGUCUCCUUGAAGCUAAAGGGUCACCUCCAGGACAGGCUCAACCAACUCUAGUGGAGCAGAUGCCAAUCCUUAUGCAGAGCCAGGCUUCUUGUCUUCAAGAAGUUGAAAAGUCUCUUUCAGUAAAGCAGAUCCCCAUCUCUCUUCCAGAAGAAAUGCCUACACUGUCCGGCCAAGCCUUGUCCCCUAAUAAAGUCCAAACCCCAACACUGGAGGAAACAACAACAGCUCCAGAUGCUUUGCCCUCAUACAAUCAAGACCUUGGCCAACGCUUCCGGGACAAGAAUGUAACAGUGGAACGUCAGGAGCUGAAAGAAGGUGGAGAUGGCAGCCUGGCUGCUGUAGAAGAAGAGACGAAAGAAGUCCUGGAAAACCUCCAUGCUGAACAGCAGCCUUUGCUGAAGGAGCCAAAGGCUUCAGCAGAUGCUCAGGACAUGUCUGUAGGAAACUCACAGCCCAAGGCUGGGAUCUUAAACCUGCAGGCAGGCACAAGCCAGGAUGCCCCAACCUACACCACCACCUCUGCCAACACUGCCUCAUCAUGCCAGCUCCAGUCUGUGGCACCCCACCAAGGGGAAGGCCAAGAGCAGGGGCAGAGCAGGCGUAAGCAGAAGUCUUGCCAGUGCUGCUUGGUCAUGUGAGCCUGGCUAAGAUGCCCUCCUCAGGAACAGGAGUCACUGAUCUAGUCCCAGUGGCAGACUUUGAGAUUGGUAACAUGCCCUGCCAGUAGUCUAGUGUAGCACAUGCCCUCUCUCUCUCUCUCUCUCAUUCCCUGGGAGAACACAGAUGCAGAUUGAUGAACCCCUAGAGGGCUUGGUAUGUCAUGAAUAGAGGAAUUGUUUAAAGAGUGGAUUUGCCUCUCCACCUGUAUCUCCCAAAUCCUUUACCUGUUGCCCUGGAGAUGGUGAAUGGGAGGGAGAGAAAUGGAGGGCUCAAGCUGUUUGGGAGGUUCCAAGUGUUCUCUAUAUGCACAUAGUCACACAUGUGCACUUACACAUGGACACACAAUCACAACACAAACACUCCUCCACAUACUAGCAAGUCCACAUUGCUGUUCACACACCAUCAUGCAUGGAUGCAUGGACUUCACCACCCUUUCCUCCACUUACAUUUCAUAGGUAUGUAUUUCUCCCUACUUUGGUGUGCAUUCAUAUGCAUAGUUAGAAUACACAUAUCCAUACACAGGUGUUGUAACAUUCAGACAUAGAUACAUACAUACAGUCACAUACAGUAUUUGCUCUUGUGGCUUGCACUGCAUCAGUUCACUGGGAAACCCACAGUUUAAUGUGCCAGUACAACAACACAUUUCCACAUGCCUGUACGUAACUCACAUUGGGCUGGACACAAAAGCUACACAUAUGCAUGCAGAACUUUUGACAUCUACAGUCUCCGCCGGUGCCUGAAUCCCUCUCCAAGCUUCGGCGUUACUCACCAAAUCCAUCUGGGCACAUUCCAGAGACACUGAGCAAUACCUUCUUCCCUUUGGUACUGUCUCCUGCACUUAUGCUCAGGUGCCCCGGCUGUACCAUGAUUGACUUUGCAGCAAAUGUUCAACACUGUGACACUUUGGGCAACAGAGGACUUCCUGCCAGCAGAGGCUGGCAAUUCAGAGACUGCUGGAACUCUCUCCUUCUGAAUGUGGCCUCCCAACUUAGAUCUCACAUGAUGCAGACUUUAUGUUGUCUCUCACACACAAGGACAUACGGAGAGACCUUUCCUAACUGUGAUCCCUUCAUUCCUAUAGCAAUCACUGGGUCUGUGCUCUAACCAAGGUGCAAGGACCCCCAACCCUCACCACCACUUCCCCUCCUCAUGACUGUUUAUUCUAUGCACUUUGUUUUAAUUCUGAUUAGAUCACUUCUGGUAGGGCCACCACCAAAGUCAGUAAGGGCCUUUUACAUGGUUAGUUCCUGGGCGGUACUGAAAGAUUCUCAAUUAAAGUCAGAUGUAAUGGCAA